CGCCGACUGAAAACUACUACAGACCUUGUCGACUCGCUGUAUCAGUUUGCAACCCCAGGGCAGGAGGUACCAUAAUGACGACAUUGGGGUUCGGGCAUUAGGUGGGGGAAAAUGGAGGUUUAUAGAUCCAUGGAGUCCCCGCGUCCUGACCCAUCAUACCAUCAGAUUUUCCUCGUUUGAUCUGCCAAAUACAUCUCGAAGUUAUGGCGAUACUUGACCGGUUCCGGAAAGAUCGGAUGUCUCCAUCACCUGCGUCCUCGACAAUGGUAGAUCCAGAGAAGAAACCGCAGAUGAUUGAAGUUAGCAUGAAAGAGAUCUUUCGAGUGCGUAUCAUUGCCAUGGCCGUAAUCGUCUCCAUGGGUGGAUUCAUUUUCGGAUACGAUACUGGUCAGAUAUCGGGAUUCCUCGAAAUGCCAGUCUUCUUGGACAAGUUCGCGGAUGAGACGGGUAGCAACGGAGAGUUAAAAUUCAGCAACUUGAGAUCCGGACUGAUCGUUGCUCUGUUAUCUAUUGGAACCUUGAUGGGUGCUCUAAUUGCCGCACCAAUCUCAGAUAAAUACGGCCGCAAAUACUCGAUUGUAUUUUGGAACAUCAUAUUCUGCGUCGGCGUCAUCGUUCAGAUCGUAACAACCACUGCAUGGUAUCAGAUCUCAAUCGGUCGAUGGGUCGCGGGUCUCGGUGUCGGCGGCUUAUCGGUACUUACGCCCAUGUAUCAGUCCGAAACUGCUCCACGAUACGUUCGCGGUGCUCUCGUCUCCUGCUACCAGCUCUUCAUCACUCUCGGCAUCUUCGUUGCAUACUGCAUCAAUUUUGGCACCGAAGCCCAAACUGGCGAGAAAUCUUACAAGAUCCCCAUGGGCGUUGGUUUCAUCUGGUCAGCCCUCAUGGUCAUUGGAAUCUUUUUUAUGCAGGAAUCGCCCCGUUGGGAAUACCGUCAGGGCAAGAUCGAUGGUGCAAGGAAAACCAUCGCACUUACCUAUGGUGUCAGCGAAGAUCACGCUGAGGUGACCCGCGAGAUCACUGAGAUUCAGAUGAAGUUUGAAGCAGAGCAGGCAGGCGGCGGUCACCAUCCAUGGUACGAAAUCUUCACAGGCCCUCGAAUGCUGUAUCGUGUGCUCCUUGGUAUCACGCUCCAGGCUCUCCAGCAGCUGACCGGCGCCAACUACUACUUCUACUACAGCACAACGAUUUUCAAAUCUGUUGGAAUUUCAAACUCAUUUGUCACUUCUAUAAUCCUAGGAGCCGUAAAUUUCGGAUCGACGUUCCCAGGAUUAUACAUUGUCGAAAAGUUUGGGCGUCGGCCCUCGCUUAUAUAUGGUGCGUUGUGGAUGUUCAUGUGCUUCCUCGUUUUCGCGUCGUUGGGACACUUCGCUUUGGAUCCGAAUGGUGGGUCAUCGAGCCAGAGCGUUGGCUAUGCUAUGAUCACAUUCGCCUGCCUGUUUAUCGCCGGCUUCGCUAUGACCUGGGGACCAAUCGUCUGGUCUGUCGUCGGAGAAAUCUAUCCAUCACGCUACCGGGCGAAGUGCAUGGCCAUCGCUACCGCAUCGAACUGGACAUGGAACUUCCUCCUCUCGUUCUUCACACCGUACAUCACCGCAGCCAUCGACUACCGCUACGGCUAUGUGUUUGCGGGGUGCUGUUUCGCCGGUGCUGUUGUGGUCUACUUCUUCGUAUGCGAAUCGCAUGGUCGCAGCCUGGAGGAGAUCGAUACCAUGUAUAUCCUCGGUGUGAAGCCAUGGAAGAGCAAGCAUUGGAAACCCACGGAGGGUGAAGAUCUACCCAACUUGGACAACACAUAUCUGACACCUGGCGCUCGAGGUAUCAACAAGAAACAAGAAGCGCGUGUACCGGAGGAGUUGAGGAGGGAAGAGGUACCGGUUACCGAGGCGGACAUGCAAGCAUCUGGAGCUAGGCAGUAGUUGGAUUGAUCGUUGUAUUGACUGGUCAGAGGAUCGCGAAGAGAAGACUAAAUGGAGAGUCAGAUACCUAAAUUCAUUCUCAUACCUUGUACUUGACUACUUAUUAUAAGUGUUUCACAAUUAGCUAGGGC